AUGCGGUUCAGUGUUCCACGGGUUUUUUUUUUCAAGCCAGGGGAAAAAGGACUGACGUUCGAGCGGGUGGAGACUACUACAUUUAAAUCCCACGGGUUGUAUGCCCAUUUAGCGACGAAUUGCGGUCGUUUUAAAAUUUUCUUUCUAAUGCGGGCGUCCAUAAGACCUUUUUAAUGUCGUAGUAGGACGGGUUGUAAGGGCGUCGUAGUUGGGAAGUUUUUUCCGAGGGAGGGUUUUCGGCCAGCGAAGGGCCAUGGCAUUCGAGGCUCGGCCGGAGCUAGUCGGGAAGAGGUUCCUCUGUGUCAGCGGGGACGAGCCGCCUGAACUCGGCGACAUCGCUCGGUGGCCAUGGAGAUCCGGUGUCAUACGAGCUGUGAACCAUCGAGACAGUGACAAUCUCGACCUGACGGUAUACGUGGAAUUUGAUGACCAGGAAUGGGAGAAGAGAGAGUGGGUGAAGGUCUAUGAUGAUUUCCAGCUGUUUCUACUCGAGCACCAGCUGGUCUGGGCCAAGAGGAAGGAAGGAGCAGGAGGAGCAGGAGCAGGUGGAGGAGUAGGUGGCCUGCUGCAGGGAAUCAAGGCGAAACACACACAGUGGCCUGCCCUGGCGUUUAAGCCAGUGGUGGGUAAGAGCCUGUUGUCAUCAGUAACAGCGGUGGAGUUCCUACUAGACCGGCAUCUGGAUUUCCUAUCUGACCAUUCAGCCUACCAACCAUACCAGGAUGAGGUGGACAGUCAGAACCCAGUUUUAAGAGAUAAUCCUCAGCUUCAUGAGGAAUUGAAGGGUUGGCUCAAAGACCAGAAAGUGCAGGAAAUUUUUAUGCAAGGUCCCUAUUCAUUGAAUGGCUACCGUGUGCGUGUAUACAGACAAGACUCGGCCACCCAGUGGUUUACAGGCAUCAUUACACAUCACGACCUCUUUAGCCGAAACAUGGUCGUGAUGAAUGAUCAGGUGCUCGAGCCUCAGAAUGUGGAUCCAUCCAUGAUUCAGAUGACCUUUCUGGAUGAUGUGGUUCACUCUCUACUGAAAGGCGAAAACAUCGGCAUUACCUCCAGACGAAGGUCGCGAUCCAGUCAGAACAACAAUUCUGCCCAUAUGGCGGGAGGGAGACCCGGCGGGACCACUGGCAACACUCAGAGUCACUAUACGCGAGCCCAAGCAAACAGCCCCCGUCCAAUUAUGACAUCAUCGGGCCCCAACCUGAAAGGUUCCCAAGGUGCACUGGCCUCCCAACAGCAGAGUCAAUCACUGCAAAGCCAGCAAACAUCCAGCCAAUCGCACCAUUCGCCCAGCGGCAACGCGCGGGAACAGAGAGAACAGCGCAACUCUCGCUCAUCCCGGAGAAAAGGAUCAGAUAGCAGUGUUGCCGAGGAGGACAGGGACAGGAGAGAAGAAGCUGUCGGCAAAGACUCUAAGUCGAAGGCCAAGCAGGCAGUAAACAAACGGAGGAAGGGUGAGGAUGAUGAGAAGAAGGUAGGUCUUAAGAGACUGAAGACAGACAUGACAUCUGACUUCUCAGAGAGCAGCGACUCUGAAAAUCCGCACAAGAGGAUGGCCCAUUCGUCGUGCUCCUCGUCGUCAUCCUCAUCGUCGUCCUCUUCCUCCUCUUCCUCUUCCUCCUCCUCAGAGCCAAACUCUGAGAAUGAAUUAAAGACUCGCAGCAGUGAGGUGAAAACAACUGCUUCAAAAAUGGAGGAGGAUGAGAAGACACUAAUGCAGGCUGCCAAAAUGAACGAUUCCUCAUCUCACGUUGGUUGCCUGUCCCCGUGGGCGGAGCUUCAGUCGGCGGAGGACAGCAGCAAUAAGGCUGUUAAGGAAACAAGCAAAAUGAUCACAAAAGAGGAGGAGGAAUUGGUGGCGGUGACGCAGAUCACACAAUCUCCACGGCAACAGAUGCCUCUUAUGUCUGACACUAUCCAGGCUACUAUUAUAGAGAGUAGCAAGAACACUGUGAAAGUCUCCUCUCGAUGUCAGACACCUUCCUUGUCCCACCUCCAUGGCGGCGGCGGCGGCGUGAUUGACAUCACAGAUGAUGCACAGGCCACCGUGCAUCAAGAGAGUUCAGAGGCUGUGUCAGCUCUGCUUGCCUCACAGAAGGCAGAGUCCACCGCCCUUUCACCUUACCUCACCUUGCAUCCAUCCCCCGUCUCCUCGCCUCCUGUCCCUCCUUCACCUUCACCCUCAGAAGGUGGCCGAAGGACAGAAAUUGACCCCGCCAUGCAGCAGGCUUUAAUCGGAGGUGGCGUGACAGCAGGCAGGAGCUUAAAUAACAAGAUAGAGUUUUCUUCUUCCGAGGUUAUCAGACCUGUCACAUCAAUGACUGAUAAUAUGAUGCUGAUAGAGAAGGAAAAAUCAGUCAUUCCCCAUCCUUUUCUUCAUCAACAUCAUCCAGAGCAUCAUACGCCACAACAACACUACACGUCUGGCAUCAAGAGUCCGUCGUUAUCCGAGGAGCAAAGCAAACAGCAGCAGCUACACCCCGACAAGACGAACACAGUCCUUUCCACUGACUUUACAAAAACCAAAAUGAACCCGAACCCAGCUCCGCUAGACUCCAUGAAACAAAAAGCCCAGCGGCCCAACACCCCUCAGAGCCAUCCAUACCCUAGCACGAGUCCAGCAGACCACAUCAAGUCUAAGCCCCACUUAGGCCUAGUGGAUAUCUCAAAACCUAAACCCAAUACCUCUCCAGAGGUCUCUAAACAUAAAAUGCCAAGAUAUUAUGAUACCUCCUCCCCUCCAUCAGGUCGUUUGUCCAGUAAAGUAGAAACAACUGAGCCUCCUCGCUCUGGUUUUAAGCCAACACCAGCUCACUCAGAGUCAGGUGGGGGCAGUACUGUCAGCAGUACCAAGAGCCCUCUAAUUAUCGAUAAGAAUGAGACAUUCACUGUUUACAGGGACCCAGCUCUGAUCUGCUCAGACAAUGAAAACACUUCUUCCGCCACCGUCUCCUCUAACCACGUGGCGGCAUAUCUCCAUCCUCACCUACAUGGGCUCCACUCGUCAUCUCCCCACUCCCCUUGCCUCACCCCUUCGUCCCACCCACAUGCUGCCUCUCAUCUCCUUGCUCCUACUCACACCUCUGCCUUACCCCACCCGCACCUUUUACCCCCUGGGGUUCUCUCAGCCAUGCCUCCUCCUCACACGGCAUCUCUCCUGGGGGGCCACCCGCAGCUGGACUCCUCUGGUGGUUUAGGUCACCUUGCCCUACCUCACCCGGGAGCUGCGCACCAACAGCAGUUCCUACAGGGUCAAGGGGCCCCUCCUCCACCUCUGCUCCCCCAGCCUCAUACUGGAGCUUCAGGUUUGGGCCUCUACCCCAUCCUUUGGCAGUACCCCAAUGGAACCCCAAGUUCCUACCAACAAGGGCUCAACAUACCCCCCACAGCUAAAUGGGUUCACCCCGAAAAUCCAGUUGCUGUAAAUUCUGAGGUGUCACUUCGAAAGAGCACAGCCAGCCCGUGGUUGCACCAAACUGUUGGUAGUGCAAGUGACAGUUUGGGUUUGCUGAGUCACGUUCCUGUACGACCAGCCAGCGCUGAUCCCCACCGACCCUCUGUUAAAAUCAGCACGCACGCUAGCCCGCCGCUGUCAAAGAUCAGUGUGGACAUUCGUAAAGAAGAUGUGGAUAAGAGAGGCUAUGUGGAUCCAAUAAGAACCUUGACGUUGGCCCAACUGAAACAAGAACCAACAGACAGUAACAGGAGCAUCACCGGGAAAGAUGCACAGCUUCACCACCUCUACUUGGACCCCCACAGCAAGGCACGCCUGAGUAAUACACAGGAUGCUGUUCAAGCAGCGGACCGAGCCACUAAGUACAAAGAAGAGAAUCGUCAAAUUCUGAAGGAGAGCAUCGAAGUGGCCCCUUUUACUGCCAAAAUUCAACGCUCAAGUGAACCCGGGAUCGACAGAGAAAGAGAGAGAACCCGAGAUCCCACUUUUCCUGUCAGGAUACCAGCUCUUGCUUCCCUUAGCCCCAAGGCAGGCCACGCGCAUCCUCAUAUUAUCCAGCCCGAAAAGAGCAACUAUUUUACCACUUUGUCCAACAGUGUUAUAAAUGAGCCCCCAAGACUAUACCCUUCCAAGGAGCUCAGCUCUUACUAUAAGAAGGUGUCAGUCGGAGCUCAAGGGGUUGUGGCCAGUAUUGGAGCAGCUGUUUCAAGCCAGAGUGCUCUGUCGCUAGGCAACUACAAUGCCAAAGUGUCCAUCUCUAGGCCACCUCCCCUAAUUAAGCACCAUCCAGAGGGCGGUGAGGGUCUUGCGGGGAAAAUUACCGAGCAGCUCAGCCAGCAGGCCACGCUGGUCCAACAUCAACACCACACAGGUGUAGAAAGGCUGGAGCGCUGCAGUCCUGCGAUAUCUCCUUCCUCCUCUUCAUCUUCUUCUUCAAUGUCUAACCACCACCCCCAUCAUCACCACCACCACCCCCACCCUCAGCAGCAGCAACACAACCUCAGGGCCAUGCCGUCUCUUCACAGAGCACCCGUCUUCCAUCCACCCACUCAGCAUGCGCUUGAACGUAAAGAGGCUGCAGACAGAGAGCGAGAAAAGGAAAGGGAAAGAGCAGGCUACGGUGGACGUCUGUCUCCGCCGACUCUCACACCUAUCCAGCCAGUUACGUUAGCAGCAGCUGGCAGCAAGACAUCAGUCGAGCAACAAAAGCCCCCCACACUGCUGCCGGAACUCAGGGAUGUAAAAGGUCAUGGAAAUACUACCAUUGUUGCCUCAGCUGUCAGUGUGGAGAAUAUGACAUCAUCGGGUGGGUGGAGAGCCGGUCAAGACAGAAGAGCUCUCUUCUUUGGAGAGAAAGGAGUGUCAAGGGACAAGCCCCAGGCUGCGAUGGCAUCCGUCAUUGUGCGCCCGCCAACAUCCAUUAAAUUUGACAAUCCCGUAAACAAAUCUGGUGCUAUGGCCCCGAAGGAUUUAUCUUUGGGGAGUCAAAAACCGGGCGAGAGUUUAAGAGACCAUGGAGCUAACAGAGUUAUCCAACCCAACUCCAACCUGGAUGACAUGUACAUCCAAUAUAAAAAGACCUCAAUUCGUGUCCUGCAAGGGACUGUGGGAGCCUGUACCACAAACUCUGUUCAAAGGACAACCGUUUCUCCAUCUGUACAGAGUAGAAGUGAGGCAACUACACCUGAGCUGGGUUACUCUGUAUCACCCCAUCAUGGGCCAGGAGAGCAGCAGGUGGGGGUUGGGUCACGUACCUCAUCUCCAGGAGGAUCUUUGCAUCCUCCCAGUCAGUCUACCACACCACAACCCAACCUGAAUCUCACUCCAAGACCUAGCCCCUGUUCUGGCAGCGGUCAGGCUUACUCACCCUCUUUCGUUCACCUCAAGAAGCACAAAGCUGCAUUGGCAGCAGCCCAAUCUAAAAGCAAUCUCUGCACUGCGUCCAUGUCCGCCACGACUGGAUACCCGUCUGCAACGGUGGAUCCCAUUGACAAAACUCACAACUCCACUCCUCCACCUGCCUCAGGCCAAACCUCAUGUUCAGCAGAUAGCAGUAGCGGCAACUCAACAAGUGGCAGAACAACGCCAGGAAAGUCAAGUCCGCUGCACAACGGCCAGUCUUCUGGGCCUGCUUUAACAAGUGGUGGGCAGGCCAGUAAUUACCACAAACUAAAGAAAGCCUGGUUAACGCGGCAUUCCGAAGAGGAUAGGAACACAACCGCUACUGUCAGCUCAGUUAACACCAAACCAGACAAAUCGCCCAGCAUCAGCAACACCGCAACAAUGACAGAAAUGAUCAAACCAUGUACCGUCAAUCUCAGUGCCUCCACGUCUAAUGAGGUGGAGCUGAGCAAGGACGCCGCCGCAAGCAAAGCAGAACGAGACAAGCUCUCGGAGGACAAGACAGCUGGAGCAACAGUUGGGGAGGACAGGAAAACAUCCUCCUCACUAAGGCGGGGAAGCAAACGAACAUACGAGUCUGCUUCAGAAAGUGGCGCAGACGACUCGGAUGCCAGCGAGAGCAAGAUGGAGGGCAGAGCCAAGCGUCAGCCCAAGCCAACAUACAAGAAGAAACAGAAUGAUAUGGCCAAGAAAAAAGGAGACAAUGAAAAGGAAGAGGAUGACGUGAAACCCAACGGCAUCUUUCGAUCUGCUAAAGAGAAGACCAAACUCAAACUGGCCAGUAGCAAUGGGAUCCCACGUUCUGUCCUGAAGGACUGGCGCAAGGUGAAGAAGCUAAAGCAGACGGGCGAGUCUUUCCUUCAGGAUGAUUCUUGUUCAGAAAUCGGACCCAGUUUGCAAAAGUGUCGGGAGUGUCGGAUUAUCCGCAGCAAAAAAGGCGAAGAGGCGGCCCAUUCUCCUGUCUUUUGUCGUUUCUACUAUUUCAGACGGCUUUCCUACAGUAAAAAUGGUGUCAUCCGAAUGGAUGGUUUUUCCACUCCGGACCAGUUUGAUGACGAGGCACUUGCCCUGUGGAUCCCUGGAGCAAUGGAGGAGAGUCACCUGGACCAAACUACAGCCAAGUACAUCCUCAGCUUUAUAGGAGACAUGUUCUGUCAGAUGGUCCUGAUGGAGAAUACGGCAGCCUCCUGGGUCAAAAAGGAUGCCAAACUCGUGUGGAAGCGCGCAGUUAAGGGAGUGAGGGAGAUGUGCGAUGCCUGUGAGGCGACGCUCUUUAACAUCCACUGGGUCUGUCAGAAAUGUGGCUUUGUUGUCUGUCUGGACUGCUACAAGGCCAAGGAAAGAAGGAGCUCCAAAGAUAAAGAACUCUAUGGCUGGCUGAAGUGUGUGAAAGGCCAGCCUCAUGAUCACAAACACCUCAUGCCAACACAGAUCAUACCCGGCACAGUGCUUACGGAAUUAGUGACCUCUAUGCAUUCGCUGAGAGAAAAACACAACAUCAAACGGCAUUGUGCCUGCACCAGCAAACUGAAUCUCCUCAGCAAACUACCAACCACCAAUGGAGUUUCACAGGUACUGCAGAAUGUACUGAACCAUAGCAACAAACUGUCGUUGAUGAAGACGGAGCCACGCUGUCAACAGAACUCUGAUCAAGGAGGGACUAAAAUCGAGACCAACGGAGGAGGAGGAAGAAGUCCGGCCAGCGAUGAAGGCAAUGCGGUCACUCCACCGGAGUCCCAAUCCCCUCUGCAUUUCCUGGCUGACCUGGCAGAGCAGAAAUCCAGAGAGGAAAAAAAAGAAAACAAAGACUCGAUGCUACUGGGGAAAUCUGUGAAAGAAGGCGACAGCUUGGAGGUUCUGCAGCAAUGUAAAACCACGUCACUGAUUGCCAACAGUACAGAGCAAGGCUCCACUCUCAGAGAUCUGCUCACCACCACUGCAGGAAAGCUCAAGCUGGGCUCCACCGAUGCCGGAAUCGCCUUUGCGCCAGUGUAUUCAACUGCUUCACAGACUGGAAAAGGUGGCCGGACCAUGCCUAAUAUCCUCGAUGACAUCAUUGCAUCAGUCGUUGAAAACAAAAUCCCUGCCAGUCGCCAGACGAUCACCACAAAGCUUUCAAUCAAGCAAGAGCCAGUCAUCUCUGCCAACAACAGCAACCCUGCACCCGUCGUGCCGGAAGACGUCAAAAUAGACAAGAAGAAGUCAUUGCCUGUUCCUCCAGUCAUUGCAGAGGAUUCAUCCAAUCAGCAUCCGGAUAUUCCCCACUGCUGGCUCAAUAACGGACGACUCCUUUGGCUCAAAGAUCACCGUAACCAGAAUAACUGGAAGCUCUUUAGAGAAUGCUGGAAACAGGGCCAGCCCGUUUUGGUGUCCGGGAUCCACAAGCGUCUGAAUGCCACUCUGUGGAAAGCGGACUCUUUCAAUCAGGAGUUUGCAGACCAUCAGGGGGACCUUCUCAAUUGUAAAGACCAAGUGGUCUCCAACUCAGGGAUCAAGGAGUUCUGGGAUGGAUUUGAGGACAUUACCAAACGACUCAAGUCCAAGGAUGGGGAACCUGUAGUUUACAGACUGAAGGACUGGCCUUCCGGAGAGGAGUUCAUGGCUCUCAUGCCUUCAAGGUAUGAUGACUUAAUGAAGAACCUGCCGUUACCUGAGUACUCGGACCCAGAAGGAAGCCUAAACUUAGCAUCUCAUCUGCCGUCUUUCUUCGUCAGGCCAGAUUUGGGCCCAAGACUCUGCUGUGCCUAUGGUGUAGCGGCAUCUCAGGACCAGGACUUUGGGACUGCCAACCUGCACGUAGAAGUCUCUGAUGUUGUCUCGAUUCUAGUAUAUGUCGGAGUGGCCAAAGGCAAUGGAGUAUUGUCCAAAACAGGAGUGUUAAAGCGUCUGGAAGAGGACAAUCUCGAUGAAGGCGUUCGGAAGAGGCUGAAGGACUCCAGUGAGACACCGGGGGCACUAUGGCACAUCUACCUCAACAAAGACAUGGACAAAGUCCGGGAAUUCUUGUACAAGCUCUGUAAGGAGCAGGGAUUGGAUGUAUCAGUGGACCAGGAUCCAAUCAGAGAGCAGGGCUGGUACCUGAGCAAGAAACAGCGGCAGCAGCUUUUGGAUGAGCACGGGGUGCAGGGUUGGACCGUCGUUCAAUUCCUGGGAGACUCUGUACUAAUACCAGCUGGUUCUAUGCAUCAGGUCCAGAACCUCCACAGCUGCGUUCAGGUCAUCAAUGACUUUGUGUCUCCUGAGCAUGUGACCAACUCCUUCCACCUGACCCAGCAGCUCAGACCCAACCAUGAAGAAGUCAACUAUGAAGAUAAACUGCAGGUGAAGAACAUCCUGUACCACUGUGUGAAGGAGGCCGUGAGCUCGUUGAAAAGGAGCGUUUCUGAGGAGGAAGAGGAGGAGGAGGAAGACGAGGAGGAAGAGAACUCAUAGCAGCUCCUCCGUGUCGUGUAACUUGCGGGAAUCGAGCUGUUACGUGAUCCAGGAGACUCCCCGGUUUGGUUGACGUUCACGUAGCUGGCAAGAGGCUAACCCACACCGACCCCUUAAAACCUUUUGUGCCAAGAGGUGACACUCAAAAAGAGGCGGGCCUACUGGACAGGCCGGGGUUGAAACCAUCCACUGUUGUUUUGAUCAUCAAAAAACAAAAAA